UAUCUUCUGUAUGUAUGUUAUUACUUUUAUCCAUUUAUGAACAAUUCUGUAAUUACGUAACAUUAUGAUUAACAGUAACAUUCAGAAUUAGAAACUUCUCGAACCUAAGACUGGUGUAAAGUAAUAUUUCAUUUUUUGGCUUUACACACACGUUUUUAACACAUUACAAUUUUUGUGUUCACUUCAGAAUCUGGAGUCUUUAUACAUUUGCUGCAUUUCAAAAUUUAAGUUAUUUUUUUUAACUACUCUUAGCAAAAUAUAUAAUUGUUAUUACUUGAAAAUUGUAUCUUAAGUACAGUAGACAGUUAAUUGAUAAUUGUGCGUAUAUGUACUUGUGUAUCACCAGAGUCUGCCUUAAUUCGUUUUCGAAUAUAUUUUUUUUCUUUGUUUUAUUCCAAAUUUGAAAUGAUUAUAAUAAAGUGGAAAGACUGAAUGGGGGGAGUUGUAGUUGUACAGUAGACUGCAUACCACAACAUAUUCAGGUUGUCAUGAAUCUGCUGACAUGAUAAUUAAUUGAUAUUGUUUUAAGCUGUAUAUUUUUCAUGUACUUUGUUUGUUAGCUAGUUAGCUCUGGAGUUUAAUGAUAGCAUUAAGAUUGGAAGGCUUAACAAGCUUAAAAAUGUUAGAAAACUUAAAGAUAAUUGUGCUGAUUUGAAGAUCAAUGGAAGAUUCAUUUUAUAUUUGUAAUUCAGUUAAUUUAACGAAUGACCAAGUGAGCAUGUGGAAUGAAGUAACCAUCCUGCCAUAUAAUAGUAAGGAGGAGCAAGAAAAGAAUUAUGAUGAAAUAUCAAAGAAAACUGAGUAUACCUUUGUCAGAGUGAAAACUGAACAGUCUGGUGAAUUAUUGCAUUAUGAUAUUUUUUCCAAGUUUAGUGAGAGUGAUGAUAUUGUCUGUUCAAAGAUUGAUGUUAUCGAAGUGAAAAAAGAAAAUAAAGAAGAGUUACAAAUUGUUAACUCUGAGUCAGAAGUGGCAUCAGAUUCAAAGGACUAUCUAAACAACUGUUAUGGUAACCAGUUUCCUUCUUAUCACGUACUUGCACUGAAAGCUUCUUAUACCAACAGUGCAGAAUCUCUGAAAGGAAGCAGUCAUGACAUGUUGAGUGAAAAUUUGCCAACAGAAAUUAUCUUAAAACAACAGAUUCCUAUGAAAUUAGGUAAACCUUAUGGCUGUACUAUGUGCAGCAAAGAAUUUGGAAGACACACUGAUUUAAAAAGACAUCAGAGGGUACACACUGAGGAAAAAUCGUAUAGUUGUGAUAUAUGUAGCAAGACAUUUCCACAGAAGUCUUAUGUAAAAGAACAUCGUGUUAUUCAUUCUGAGGUGAAACCACACAGUUGUGAUGUGUGUGGAAAAGAAUUUGCAAAAAAAAGAUCAUUGAAAGAACAUCAGUGGAUUCACACUGGUAAGAAGCUGUACAGAUGUAGUAUCUGUGACAAGGAAUUUUCACAAAGUUCUUCUAUGAAAAGACAUCAGCGUAUCCACUUAAGUGGAAAUAUACACAGAUGUAAUGUCUGUGGCAAAGAAUUUGAGGGGAAAAAAUCACUAAAGGAACAUCAGUGGAUCCACACUGGUAAGAAACUGUACAGUUGUGAGAGCUGUGAAAUUGAAUUUGCAAACAGUUCAUCCUUAAAAAGACAUAACUUUACCCACAAUACAGAAAAACCAUACAGUUGUGAUAUUUGUGGCAAAGUAUUUUCAACAAAAUCAAAUCUUAAAAUGCAUGAACUUAUACAUACUGGAGAGAAACCAUACAGUUGUGAUGAGUGUGACAAAAAAUUUGCAAAAAAUGUAUCCCUAAAGGAACAUCAGUGGAUCCACACUGGGAAGAAAUUAUAUAGUUGUAGUAUCUGUGAGAAGGAAUUUUCACAGAGCAAAUCUUUAAAAUUGCAUCAGAGGAUUCACAGUGAUGAGAAACCAUACAGCUGUGAUGUCUGUGAAAAAAGAUUUGUGACAAAUACUCGCCUAAAGAUACAUCAGAGGAUACACACUGGAGAGAAACUGUAUAGUUGUAAUGUCUGUAGCAAGGAAUUUUCAAGAAGUGUACAUUUACAGAUGCAUAAAAAAAUUCAUAGUGAAGAUAAACCAUACAGCUGCCUUUUAUGUGUCAAAACAUUUAAAAGAAAUAGUGAGUUGAAAAUGCAUCGGAUGAUACACACUGGGGAGAAACCAUAUAGUUGUAUUGAAUGCUGCAAAGGAUUUAAAAGAAACAGUGAAUUAAAAAGACACCAGAGGAUCCAUACUGGAGAGAAACCAUACAGAUGCGUUGUGUGUGUCAAAGAAUUGAGGAUGAAUAGUCAUUUAGAAAUACAUCAGAGGGUACAUACUGGUGAAAAACCGUACAGUUGUGAUACUUGUGGCAAGCGAUUUUCAGGAAGUGCAAAUUUAAAAAUGCACCAGAGUAUUCACAGUGGAGAUAAACCAUAUAAUUGUGUUGUGUGUGACAAAGAAUUUAGGUUAAAUAGGUACUUAAAAAAACACCAGCGAAAGCACACAAAGAAGGAACCAUACUUUAAGAAAGAGCACUCUACAGAAGCAACUGUGAUGGGCAUGGUGAAAAGUAUAUGUAAUGCUACGGAUACAUUUGGGUAUAGCUUUUCACAAGUCAAGCUGCAAUCUUCAGAUAAGAAUAUAAAGGGUGACACUGAUUUAACCAUGGAAGUAUUAAGUACAAACUUCGGACCAUUUUCCAAUGAUGAACAGAAUGCUUUGUUGGAUUUUAAAUUGCUGAUUAGUCAAGAAAAAAUUACAAAAACAUCUAGAACUCUAGCAUCAGAAGAAGUUGCUUUAUUAAAAGAAGGCUCCUUUCAUUCUGAGUUUCACAUGAUAAAAAAGGAACAUGAAGAAUACUGUGAUGAAGUAACAGAGGAGACAAAGAAUAUUCUUAUCAGGCUGAAAAAUGAACAGUCUGAUGAUUUCCCACAAGAUGGUAUUAUAUCCAAGUUCAGUGAGAGUGAUGAUGAUGAUGAUCGAGUUUGUUCAAAACUUAAUCUUCUAAGUAUGAGGAAAGGAAAUGAAAGACUUAAACAAGAGUUGCUACAAGUUAAUUCAGGGUUAGAAACAACACUGGAUCCAAAGAACAAUUUGAACACCUGUCAUGAAAAUCAGUUUUCUGAAUAUCAUACGCUAAUAGAAAAAGCAUGCUGUUCAAACGUUGAUUCUUUUGGUACAUCGUUUUCAAGUGAAACUAACUUUAAACAUUAUCCAAUUUCUCACAGGGGAAGUAAACCAUACAGUUGUGCAGAGUGUGGCAAAGAAUUUAGAAAAAAAAAUUUCCUUAAAAAGCAUCAGGUAAUACACUCUUGGUUGAAACCGUACAGAUGUUUAGUGUGUGACAAAGAAUUUAGAAGAAAUGGUGAACUCAAAAGACAUGAGAAGAUACAUGCUAAAGAAAAACCAUACAAGUGCAUGGUGUGCUGUCAAAAAUUUAAAACAAAUAACCACCUAAAAAUUCAUGAGAGUAUGCACAGUGGGGAUAAACCAUACAAUUGCUUAAUUUGUGGCAAUAAAUUUAGUUUCAAUAGUGCUUUAAAAAGACAUCUGAGAAUUCAUUCUGGGGAGAAACCAUUUAGUUGUGUAGUCUGUGGUAAGAAAUUUUGUAACAGUGGUGACCAAAAAGUGCAUAUGAGGAUACACACUGGGGAGAAACCCUACACUUGUGUAGUGUGUGGUAGAAAGUUCAGAAAAACUAGUGACCUAAAACCACAUUUGAGAAUACACACUGGAGAAAAACUAUACAAUUGUACAGCAUGUGGUAAAGAAUUUCGAACAAACAGUUACUUAAAAAUACAUAAGAGGAUCCAUACUGGUGAAGAACCGUACAGUUGUGUAGUAUGUGGUAAAAACUUUAGAAUUAAAAGUAGCCUUACAAUACACGAAAAGUUGCACCUGGGAGAGAAACUAUACAAUUGUUUAGUAUGUGGAAAAGAAUUCCAAACAAGUGGUUACUUAAAAAAACAUGAAAGGGUUCACACUGGAGAAAAACCAUACAGUUGUGUAGUAUGUUGCAAAAAGUUUCGAACAAGUGGUUACUUAAAACUCCAUAAGCGGAUUCACAGUGUUGAAAAUCCAUACACUUGUGAAGUGUGUGGCAAAGAAUUUGAAAGAAUAAGUUUCCUGAAGAAACAUGAGAAAACACACACUGGUGAGAAACUGCAUAGUUGUAUUGUCUGUAACAAAGAAUAUGUACAUUAUUCCUCUUUAAAAAGACAUGAACAUAUCCACAGAGGAGGUAAACCAUACAAGAGUGAAGUGCUUUUCUAGAAUUAGUUACAUAGAUAACAUAGGGGUGAAACUAAGAGUUUUGUGUGAGAUAGAGAAUUUGGUUGAGAGUGGUGUAAGAACACAUAGUGAAAAGUAUACAUACAUUUGUGAUGUGUAUAGUAAGAAAGUUUUAAAGAAACGAUAGUUCAGUAUACAUAUUGCUGUGUUCAAUACAAAUCAAAAUUUCCAUUACUGUAGUGUAUGACAAAGAAUUUUCUACUAAAAAUAUUUAAGAAAUGCAAAUGGAUAAACAUUGGGGAAAAACAGUAAACCUAUAAAAGUUUGAUGGUCAAUUUACAGACUCAAUUUAUCCAUAAAAUAGUGUUAGAUGUUGUGAUUAUAUAGGAUGUGACAAAGAAUUUGAAAAAGGUUGUUCAUUAAAACUGUAUUGUUUGGUUCA